UCCAAAGUUUUCCGAACUCGACGAAAAUCGAUACGAAACUGCGUCGUCCGAUUCUAGAUCUCUCGCUUUGUCUAGGUGCAUCAUUUUAUAUGCAAAGUUGCAAAUGAUGUGUUAGAGUGCAACAACAAACCUCUUGUAUUUGUUUCUCCCAGUAUCCCUAUCUAGUGUGAUGUCAUGAAAUUGCUCAUAACUUUUUCGAUCAUCUGUGGAGUGUUUCCAUAUUUCUCUGGGUCAAAGCUUGCAUUUAUGAUUGCUGACUAAUCGGGCUGAAUGGCGAGGCCUUCACCUGUCAACAUGAACAGCAUAAGCAAAAACAGGCCCAGUAUGCGGGUCUGGGUCAAACCAAGUGCUACAUUUCCCCCGUUCGCUCAGCCGAUGGUCGUCAGCUACUUUAGCCUGGACCAAGACCGCCGGUUUACACCUGACACCUCCCAGCUGCGAUACAUGUACUUGCCUCGAGAAGCAGAGGAUGUCGGCUGGGACUUAAAUCAUGGCCUGUCCAAAGUGCAGCGCUCGGAUCACGCCAAAAGCAUUGAGAGGAUUGACAAUUUGCUACGAGGGAUACUUGCCAGUGGCGUGUCUGUCUCACAAGAAGUCGCAUCCUUCAUGUGCUUACGCGGCCUGCUAACCCGAAUUAUGACGACUCCCUAUGAACAAAAUCAAGGCUGGGAGAUUCUAGUUAGUAGAUUUAGAGGUGUUCUUUUCAUGUGUGCACAAGAGACACCUGAGCAAAGACGUGAAAGAAUGGGUGCAACUGAAAAUCAAAAGCGUUUCUCGUCAUGGGGAUUUAAGUUUGAACAAUAUAUUACAACAGAUCAACCUGGUUGUCCUCCUGAAACUGAAACACCAGUCAAAGAAGGAGAAGAAUUUUGUUGUUUGUUUCGCACAAAACUUAGUGAUCGAAGGCUUUUGUAUGGAGCAGAAAUGGAUGCAGUAACAUGUGAUGUACCUCUUGAAGACUGUUUAGAAGAUCUCAUGCUAGCAGAAUUUGUAGAAUUAAAAACUAGCAGGAAGCUUACAUGUGUUCGUCAGGAACGAAACUUUAAAAGAUUUAAACUAUUGAAUUGGUGGGCUCAAAAUUUCCUUGUAAAUGUUGCACAUAUUAUCUGUGGAUUCAGAGAUGAUCGUGGGAUUGUUGAAAAUCUGGCAUUUUACAAAGUGGAAGAUAUUCCCAAAAUGGCCAAGGACUUGUGGGUACCUGCAGUUUGUAUGACUUUUCUGGACCAGUUCUUGAAUUUUGUUGGAAGAACUGUUUGGGAUUGUCCUCACAGCAAUGAUCCUAAUACUGUGUGGCGGUUCCGUUGGGAGCCAGGUGUUCACUACGUUACUGGAGAUGUGAUACCAGGCUCAUCACAAUUCUCUUUCCUGCCUGACUGGUUCUUGUCUUCAGUGGUAGCAAGGGAAAACCACCCUCUCCAGUUUUGCAUCAGGGUAUUUUCAAGCAAACACGGGAAACAAAAUCAUGAAGACCAGCGUUCUCACACUGCUGCAAUAUUUGCUAUGACUAAAGACAUUUCUGUGCAGCGUACCAGUGGAAAACGACCUCCAAGUCCAAGAUCUAUUAUGUUGUUACAGAAAGGAAUUACGCCAUCUGAAAAUCCUAGUGCCAAUUCUUCAGAGCAGUCAAGUGUCUCAUCUCCAUCUUCCUCAAAUACAAAACAAGUGGCGACAGCUUCACCCAAAAACCAACCAAACUCUUCUGCUGAAAGUGAACAAGCAUCAAUUUCUCAUCCGACAAAGCCCAACCAUUCCCAGAAUGUGAAUGGCCCACUGAAAACUCCUUCUAGAAGACAUAGACGGAGAGCAAGACACCAUGCUAAUCAAAUGUAUCGGAAUACUCAUCAUCAGAAGCAAACUGGGAAUAGUGAUAGCUCCUCAUUCCAAUUAUCAAGUCGACACAAAAACCAUCCUCCAUCACAACCAAGAAUUGAGAAGAAAGCUGAGCUCAACAAUAUCACUGAUGUAGCCCCAACCCCAACUGUCAAAGAUACACCUAGCUUGAUAGCUGUGCAAACGUCUCCUGAUGAAUUUGGUGUUUCAUCUGAACCCAAUUCAUUCUCCCCUGAAGACUUGCCUCCCACUGGUCUCUCUCACACAGAAGAAGUCUAUACCGCUGUGUAUGAUUCCUUGGAGAGUAGUUCUUUUCUCAUGCCUCAGCCACCUGAAGAACACUCUCCAUCAAAUUCUGCAGAUCACUACACAUCACAAUCAUAUUUAGAAUCUUCACCAUCUGAUGAAGCUUAUGCCCAACAGUCUCUCUUGCCUGUGUCUCUUUCUUCAUCCUCCCUCUUACCUGAUUGUUACUCUUCACAGGACUACUCUGCCUGUGAUGAGUUGCCUCAAGCUACUUAUUUGGUGUCAUCUGAUGCUGAGUACUUGAAUCAGGAAGUGUACAUGCAAUCUUCAGACCCCGAUGACCAUAAUAUGGAAAGAUCAUACUUAUCAUCUCCUAGUGCGGUGGAAUAUAUCAACCAGCCAUCCUUCUUGCCGAUUACAUCAGAGGAACUUAGUGUGACUGAGGUUUUCCUGAAUGAAACAACUGGUGAUCUGCCUCCAUCCUCACUUCUCUCCCCAGUAACUUCGAUCACGCAGGCAUUCCUUGGAUCUAGCACUGAUAUUUCAUCAGAAGAUAUUCAAACUGCUGAGGGUUCACUGACAACCAUUAAUCAACUAUCAACAUCCCCAUAUUUGCCCUCAUCUUCUGUCAACCACUUAACCUUACAAAUGUAAAUAAUUUGUUGCAGUUUAAAAAGAGGCAAAGGAAAAGUAUUACACUUUAAUCUUGCUUGGCAUGUCCUUGCUGGAUUUGGCUAUCUAGUCAUGUAAAAUAUUAAAGUGUCUAGUAAAAUUUAUUUUCAAAUUUUUUAUGCCCCAUGGCAUAUGUAAGAUUCUUUACUCAAGGGAUACUUCUCAUAUAUUGUUGUACCUGAUAAUUCAUGUAAACUUUUGUUCUUACCUAUUUUCACUUAUACUGUAUUUCAAAAUUUUCUGAUCUACAAAUUGUACUGUGUACUUUUUCUAGUGUUCUAUAAAUCAAACUUUGAGUUUUGUUGGAGACAAAAAUAUUUCUAGUUAAGUACUGACUAGUUUGUUAGUGUGGUGUACAAACUGGUGUUAAGCGUAUGAUGUGUCUUUUCCAAUAAUUAUGCACUGACGUUUAACACUACAUGUCUUAGUGCUUAACAACUUAUACAUUAUGUUAUGCAUGCUAUAGAGAUUUCCCUUUUUUAAAAAAAGGCCAAAAAUUUUGCCAACACAUGAAAGACAUAACAAUCAUCAGGUAAGCUUCUUUUCUUGUGAAUGUAAUUUGUUUUUUACUAUUGUAUGUUGUUGAGGCAGAAAAACAUAAUUUGUAUGUUUCUAGACCUUAAAAUGCAAAUUUUCACAAGCUUGGUUUGUUGCAUAACAAUGCUGCAGUGAGUAUUUUGACGGAAUGGACUCCUUCAGUACAACUUGUCUGUGCGGUGGCUCCAAAAACAGUUGGAUGAUUGUAGCAUUUCAGAAAUCUAAUUCUUUUCUUACUGUAGUGUAUUGUUAAUUGUUUGUUAUUACAUCUGUCAUGGAUUUAUUCUAAUGUUUCUCAAGCAAGUUCAUUCUUUUGAAUUUGGCUCUGACAGAGUCACUCUGUUUCAAUGUUUGUAGAGCUUUUAAAGAAUUGACGUACAAAUAAUCUUUCCAGACUUAAAUAUUGUACACCUAUUGUCUGAAGUAUCUAUAUUAUAGAUAUUGUACAGUAAAAUCCAUUUAUGAUCAAGUUCCAAUAUUUUAGUGCUUGACAGAUUUUCUCUUUGGUUGUGCACAUGUCAUAGAGUUGAAUUACCAAUCUCAAUCUCGCAUUGCCUUAAAUUGAAAGUUAACAUUAAAAUCACAGUGUACAUACUGAUCUGGUACAUGGACUUUAGAACAAGCUAUAGAUUUUCCUAUGCCCGGUCUUGCUUGGCUUAGACAUCACAUUAUUGGAUGAUCUCUAAUAGCUCCCUAGAAGUCCUCCAGUCUGUUGUCUGUAGACUAAUACAGUAGCUAACAAACUAAUUGUGUUUGUAUUUGAGCACAUUUUAAACAUUACCUGACUUUUUCUUUUGUACAAAUAUUGAUAUGUAAUUAAAAUGAAAAGCCUACUAUAAGAUAUACCUAUCUGUUCUUUUAAAAAAGAUAAAAAUAAUUGGAAGACUUUGAGGGAAAGAUUAUAUGAUAUUGUAUUUUGAUAUUGAGUUAUAUUCGCUGUAAGCUUGUACAGUAUUUGGUGUUUAAAUUUAGUGUGAGAUCUUGAUCCUAGCAGGCAUGGUUGCCUCAGUUUUCUCACGACCGCAGUUUCUGUUUUAUUAAUCGGUUAGAAAUCUAAUCUAAUCUUUGACAAUUCAUUUACUUGAUUUGAACCUUUUUUUUUUUCCUUUUUUAUUGUCAUUUUAAAAUACAUACUGAGUAAAGCUCUAUUGUGCUAACACCAGUAUCUGAAGUUGCCAAAAGUCGUUGGUACCUUUUAAUGAUUGACAGUCAAAUCAAUCUAAUCAAGUGGUGAUUAAGUUACACUGUUCUGUUUGAUAAGAUUACCUUUUCUGAAAGUCUGAAGGUGUAAUGCAAGUGUUGUGACAGUCAAUUUGAUUUAAAUGAUUGCAUAAAUCAUCACAUUCUUAGUUUGUAUCGAUUUUGUUUUAAAUAACUUCUUGCUUAGUUCUCUGUCAAUAGGUGUCUGUGUUAGAUCUAGAUCUCAAAUGUUCAAUGUUUUAAGUUGUACUCUGUGAUAAAAAUGUUGCUAUUUUCUUUUAGAGUAAUUUUGACUAUAAGUUAUAUUUAUGCUGAAGGUGAUCAAUAGCAUUCAAUUCCAUUCCAACAAAGUUUAUCUGUGUGGAGUUUUGAGGAUAGAUGAAGGACUUGUUAGUAAAUUACCUAAGCUGUCCUAAGCGUCCUCUCAUUGCCUCAAGAUUUAUGUGCAAUUCAGGUAUCUAAAGUUCAGAGGUGGAUACGUUGAGUGGUGUGUGAGAAAUAUAACUAGAUGUACAUAUAUAUAUUGGUAUAUUGCCACAGGAAGCUCCUUAGUCUCCUCAAAAGAGAAUUCUAUUUAUGUAAUUGUCUGAAAAUAGCGCUGUCUGUGUUAAAUAUAGGUGGAUGUAAACUUUCUCAUUUUUAUCCCCAAGUAAUGUAUUUAGGAUAUAGAGAAUAUCAUUAGGCCUGUGUCCAUAAGUUCACUAUUUCAAUUUGUUUCUGGCUUUUUUUGAUUUUUAUUUGAGUCUUUGACAGGUUUCACAUUGUUUCACUCUGUUCAAGAUCUGUCUACUCUCAUUGGACUUGCCCACAGUUAUUUCUUUCCCUUUUGUUAAAUCUUUUUUAAGGUCUUCGUCAUUAAAAACCCUACUUUCAGUGAUGAUGAGUGGUUCCUGUAGAUUUUCUGAGAUAAUUACCAAACGUGUGCUGGUAGCAAUAAUUAUUCCGCUCUCUUCAUACACUUUCAAAGUAUCCACAUCAAAUUUUCUGCAUGUGGUUAUUUCUUCUGCCCUGUGUGUUAAAAAGCGGUGUAAUAAAGACAUGAAAUAAUUUACAA